CGCCUGUGCCCCCCUCGCCUCUCUCACCCCUUUAUUUCUCACAACUACCCCCCCGUCGCUCCACCUGCCCCUCCCCCGUCCUUUCAGCGCGGUCUGUUGUUGUGUGGUGUCGAGCGGGGGGGAAUCUCGCGAUUGUUGGCGUUAUUAGAAAGAGUUGGUGAAGAUGGCGCCUGUUGUGACAGGGAAAUUUGGGGAACUUCCUCAGCCAAAGCGUUUAACAAGGGAGGCGAUGCGCAACUACUUGAAGGAGAGAGGAGAUCAAACGGUUCUGAUACUGCAUGCAAAAGUUGCCCAGAAAUCAUAUGGAAAUGAGAAAAGAUUCUUUUGCCCUCCACCAUGUGUGUACUUGAUGGGCUGUGGCUGGAAGAAAAAGAAGGAGCAGAUGGAACGGGAGGGCUGUACAGAGCAGGAAUCUCAGCCUUGUGCCUUUAUUGGUAUUGGAAACAGUGAACAAGAGAUGCAGCAACUCAAUUUGGAGGGCAAGAACUUUUGUACAGCAAAAACGUUAUACAUUUCGGACUCGGACAAACGGAAGCACUUCAUGCUGUCAGUGAAGAUGUUCUAUGGGAAUAGCGCGGACAUCGGAGUCUUCCUCAGCAAACGGAUCAAAGUCAUCUCCAAACCUUCCAAAAAGAAACAGUCGCUGAAGAACGCAGAUCUGUGCAUAGCUUCAGGGACAAAGGUGGCUCUUUUUAACCGCUUGCGGUCUCAAACUGUCAGUACGCGGUACCUUCAUGUGGAAGGGGGAAACUUCCAUGCCAGCUCGCAACAGUGGGGAGCCUUUUACAUUCAUCUAUUGGAUGAUGAUGAGUCAGAGGGUGAAGAGUUUACAGUCAGAGAUGGUUACAUUCAUUAUGGCCAGACGGUUAAGCUGGUGUGCUCAGUCACGGGCAUGGCUCUACCCCGACUGGUUAUUCGUAAGGUGGAUAAGCAGACAGCACUAAUGGAUGCCGAUGAUCCUGUGUCCCAAUUACAUAAAUGUGCCUUCUACCUUAAAGACACAGAGCGGAUGUACCUCUGCCUUUCGCAGGAAAGGAUAAUACAGUUUCAGGCCACACCAUGUCCGAAAGAAACCAAUAAAGAAAUGAUCAAUGAUGGGGCGUCUUGGACAAUCAUCAGCACAGACAAAGCGGAGUACACGUUUUAUGAGGGUAUGGGCCCUGUGCCUUCACCAGUCACACCUGUGCCUGUCGUCGAGAGUUUACAGCUGAAUGGAGGAGGAGAUGUUGCCAUGCUGGAGCUGACAGGCCAAAACUUCACACCUAACCUCAGGGUCUGGUUUGGAGACGUGGAGGCAGACACUAUGUACAGGUGCGGCGAAAGCGUGCUCUGCGUGGUCCCUGACAUCUCUGCGUUCCGCGAAGGAUGGCGUUGGGUCCGACAGCCGGUGCAGGUUCCAGUAACUCUGGUCCGUAACGACGGCAUCAUCUACUCCACCGCUUUGACUUUUACCUACACGCCAGAGCCCGGACCACGACCACACUGCAGCGCUGCCGGAGCCAUACUGCGAGCCAACAGCAACUCCUCCACCUCACCAUCUUCCAGCCUUCUGCUGCAGUCAGCCGUCGACAGCCAGGGGGUAUACGGCGCAGCCGGGAGCGUUUCUUCGUCUUCAUCCUCUUCCUCGGCUAUGUCCGUAUCCUAACCUGGGAGUAUUAAUCUUGCGCUUUUGUUUGUUUAAGCGCAGCAUUUUAGACUCUCCAGCAAAGAUGAUCAGGAUUAGGAUCACAAACAAUUGAUACUUGGUGCCACCGAGAGAGGAUCAAAGAAUGGACGGAAAAGACAGCAUCUUCUUUCUGAUCUCUCUCUCUAUCUCUGGGUUUCUCUUUGUUGCGGUUCUUUUUCUCCUGUUUGCGGACGUGGCGACAGAACUGAUGAGUGCCGUGGAUUAACAUGCCGCAGGAUCAAUGCAUUAGCCUUGCGUGAAAACAAAAACAAUCACAAACAAACGUUGUCUUUGAAACGAAGCCAAAACGGCUUUUGUUUUCUAGUAAAGGGCUUAGUGCACCAUUUUGCAAGGAUUGGAGGAAGUUAUCAUAGUAAUAUAGUUUUUACAGACCAAGGAAUAUUAUUAUUAUUAUUAUUUUUAUUGAUAUAUAAUUUUAUAAGCUUUAGCCAAGGUACAUUUUUCACAUUUUUCAGUUUUAUAACAUAUAGUAAACUUUUGUUACCAAAUAGUUUUGUAUAUUUCUUGUGAGCAUUUGGGCUCAGAAGGAAAUGGUUCAUGCGUUUUGAAAGCCUGAACCGAUAGCUGCCUUUAUAUGUUGGCAAAUGCCUUAAGUCUUCUGGAGUUUUACCAGAUCUUUCUCUCCUUUGCAAUAAUAUUUUUAUGUAUAUUGUUUUAUUCCUUCUGUUUUUAUUCACUAAACUGAGGUAUAAUAUUGAUGCCAUUUUUGCAUAUUUGGGAGAAAGUGGCUCUUGCUUCGUCAAACUUUUCACAAAUGAAGUCUUUAACACAAAAGCUUUAACUGACGUUGCCGUUCGGCCUUGAGUGCCAUGUCGUCCCUGUCAUAGCCAUUGACCUCUGGCUUAUUAUUACUACUUGGAGAAUGUUUGGUUCAAAAUCCCUGCGUAUUGCUUUUUACGUAGCAAUUUUUUAUUAAACUUAAAAGCAUAUGGUAGGUUAGGUCAGUACUGCUCUCAUUUGCAUAUCACUCUUGCCUUCAGUGUCAUAUCUAGUAUCGUACUAAAAUCAACUUGUAGGGAUAACUGCAGCUUUGCUUUCAUGUAGUUCAGUGGAUAAAACGAAUACUUGCUGUAUACCUGGUGUAAUUUUGAGACCUUUUUAUAGCCCCAGCCAAAGCAACAGUUUCCACUCGUGUUGAUUCAUACAAAGAUGUGGAUCUGAUGAAAAGUGUAAUUGUUGCUUAUUAAUGCCACCAAGACCUUUAUUACUGAAUGCAAUACAGAGACUCCCGCGUAACUGCUGGUGUCACAGUACGAACAAAGAUUCAUAGAAUUUUGGAAAGGUGAAUACAACCGUGAUGUCGAAAAAAGGGAUUUGGAAGCUGCCCUUACUGAUAUGCAAGUAUAGCAUGUGGUUCUUUCAGUGCUUUAUCAACAUCAAACUGAAAGGAAACAACCGGAAAAAGCACUUAUCGCAUUACGGCGUAAAGAUGUUCGGUUUGUAGCGUACAGGAGAGACGCAAUCGAUGUCAUACCGGUCCUAGUGACACACAAAGGCUUUUUUUACUGAGCUAUAUCAUUGUGAUGUCAUAUUUUAACAAACCUGUUUAAAAAUGUGUACCAAAUGUUUUCCCCGAUUGCGAACUGAAAAUGAGGCCUUAAACCACUACUGGUUAAUUUUUAUAGGAUCUUGUGGUAAGAUGUAACACUACAAAUUAUGCCCUUUUGUGAAGUGGGCGUGAUCGCUUGUUUAUGCCUUUUUUUACGCACACCACAGAGCACAAUCUAUUGUCAUCUCAAGAAGCUGUACUUCUUAUUUUGUAUUCCUGCUUUUUUACUUAACACCCAUCUCUAUACGGACCGCCAUAAUUUUAUGGAAAGCUUUCAUCAAAUUAUGUGCUCUGGUUUAUGAUUUUAAUCAACAUGGAUGGCAUUUUACGAAUUUGUCAUUGUACAGGAACCGCAAAUGUAGUUACUUAACGGUUUUGGUUUUUUAAUCGAUCAGAUCUUCCAUGGCUAAUAUUGAGAAUUCUAAAUCGAAUAUGUUUGUUAAUAUUCUAUUAUGUAAAACGAUAAUAUGUAAUGUUUAUAUGUUAAUAUUAUUAUAUAUUUCUUUCAAGAUUGAGGAACGACUACCCCAUCCUAACUUUGUGCAUACUGUGAGCUGUUUUCAGUAGAUUCCUCAAUCAGGGAAGAAUAUUAUGGAGUGUGCGAGCGCUGAAAUGCAAACUGCCAAAUCUCAAAAGGUCAAAUUGUGAAGGUCAUACAUAAUCUUUUCAUUGAGUUUGUUUUCAGUGUUAUUUUACUUUACUUUAAUUGUCUUCCAGAAUCUUCUGAACACAGAGGAAGUGAUUAAUUUGGUUCAUUUUAAGACUAACUGUGUUUGUUUCAGCAUUUCUGUCACGUUAGUUAGCUUACUUGUCAACCAUGCCACUGCAGAAAGCAGUGUAUUAGAUCACUAUUAUAUUUUCAGUUGUCUGUAGAAGAAGAAUGGCUGUUCUCAACCAUUGCAACGAUCUGUUUUAUGUUUGAAAGUUACCAGCCUUUGCCAAACGGCUACCAGACGUUUUGGUAUUGAGUGCAUGUUCUCUAGCAGAUUUGAACUGUAUUGGUGCUGUCUAACUCAUAAAGGGCCAGUGUAUCUGUUGCUUUUGAAAUGGAUCACUAAACACUGUAAUAGAAACAAAAAGUGUCCAGUUUCUAUU